UGUCUUCUCAUGGCUGAUGAGCUCCACUCCCCAUCAUGUUCCUUAUGUGAUCGAAGCCAUAAACCGUGGCGGGGCUCUGUAACACAACCUUUGCUCAGCACUUUUGUAUCUGUCACUGUCACCAAUUGAAAAUCUUGGGAAAAAGGAGAAGAGAUGAAUGCAGCAAAGCGAUUCAAAAAAACGCACCUGACAGCCGAUGACUGUGAAGCUCUGGCACGGAGUGCAGAAGGUUCAUCCUCCCUGACGCAGCCGUUGAGUCAAAGACAAAGUAGAGGAGAUGUAAACCAGGGCCUCCAUCCCACCCCCCGGAGACGGAGACAGCGAGGAGGCCAAGGUCAGCAGACGAACAUCACUGAUUACUUCAAGAUCUCUCAGACACAAGAAGUAGGUCCCGGUGGGACGAAACCCAGCAGAAUCAAAGAAGAGCUACUGGAUCCCAUCUUCAGUGAGCCUGAUGAUUCCUUCAGCAGCGUCUCCACUGUAAUGGAGAUCAGUGGCGAUUCCUCCUUUCUGGAGGACGAGGACCUUGUACCAACUCCCGGGAAAAGCUCCCGAAAACAGCCUCUGUCCGCUGCAGCCGCAGGCGUUAAGACAGAGCAUGAUUUGUGGGGUGAGCCUGAGAAGAAGCCAGUGGUGGUUCAUCCAGAACGCAGCCAGAUCAAGCAGGAACUCGAUGAUAUGGAAAUCGAACCGGUCCCUGAUGCACACUAUGGACUCCUGGGGACUCGGAAGUGGGAAGUACCCCAGGGAAGUAUUGACAAGCUGCCUGUUGAAGUCCUCAGGAACAUCUUUGCUUUACUACCAGUGAUGGAUCUAUACCAGAACCUGAGCCUGGUGUGCCGCCGCUGGAGAGACAUUGUCAGUGAUCCACUGUUCAUUCCUUGGAAGAAGCUGUACCAUCAGUACCUAAUGAAGGAGGACACAGCCCUGCGCAGAGUUGAACAGGUCUUGCAGGAUUUUGUCAUAACAGAGGAGCAGGAAGGAUGUAUUUUUGGGCUGAUCAGGUACGUGUCUACCAUACCCACCAGACGGACAGUAGAUCCCAGCGUGGUUCUCCAGUGUUUGAAGAGUCACCACCUCUUCUCAAAGGCUGAAGUCUGCGUGGUCAACAAACUGCCACGUUUACAGAGCAGCCCAGGGCCUGAGAACAUGUGGGCCAUAAUUGCAGUCAUGUUGCUUUUCUCCGACGGCGUCAGCGACAUCCAAAAGCUGAUGGUGUGUCUGCAGAGACCUUCCUCUACCCUCUCUGUUGUGGACGUGACAGAAGCACUCUACUGCAUAGCAACACUUCUCUACGCCAUGACAGAGAGGAACAUUAAGAUCACUAACAGGAUCCAUUACAAUAUUUUCUACUGCCUGUAUCUGAUGGAAAAUGCUUCUGUAACUACACAGACAAUAGAAGAAGAAGAGGAAAAGGAGACGCUGGCAUCAUGCUGCAGACAAGACUUAUGGUCCAGUAGCUGUUCUGAAGUAAAGCUGACUCACGAACAGCAGAGGAUUUUGAAUCACAAAAUUGAGCGUGGUCAAAUAGUGAAAAUUAUAGCAUUUGCAGGUACAGGAAAGACCACAACCUUGAUCAAGUAUGCAGAGAAGUUCGCUGAUCUGAAUUUCCUUUACGUGACAUUUAACAAAGCUGUUGCAGACAGGGGGAAAACUGUCUUCCCCAGAAACGUUACGUGCAGGACUUUCCAUUCAUUAGCAUAUGGAAGUGUCGGCAAACACUAUUACGAAAAAGGUAAGCUCAAGUUCCUCAAGAUGUCAGCUUACUCCAUCAGUUUCCUCAUCCAGAACCGCAAGGGACAAUCUCUGUUUAUAAGAGGGAAAACAGUCUUGCAGACCCUUGAAACCUUUUUUGCCUCUUCGGAUGAAGAGAUCUGCGAAGAACACACUCCUGUUUGGUUCAAAGAUACUCAUGGUGCAAGAAAACUUGUCAGUGACAUAGAAAAGGAGAUAAACGUGAAAGAGGCCAGAGAGAUAUGGCACAACAUGAAGAAGCUGGAUGGAGAUGUAGAGAAGAAAUACAAGAUGACUUAUGAUGGGUAUUUGAAACUUUGGCAGCUCAGCAAGCCUCAGCUCUCAGGAUAUGAUGCCAUUUUUGUUGAUGAAGCACAGGACUGCACUCAGGCCAUCAUGGAUAUUGUGCUGUCGCAGACGUGUGGUGUAAUCCUCGUAGGAGACCCUCACCAGAAGAUCUAUAGCUUCCGAGGGGCCAUCAAUACCCUCUACACCAUGCCUCACACCCACGUCUACUACCUCACGCAGAGUUUCAGAUUUGGUCCUGAAAUAGCUUACGUUGGAGCAACCAUUCUGGAUGUCUGCAAGGGGAUCAGGAAUAAGACAUUAGUGGGUGGAAACCAAAAGGGUGAUGUGAGAGGCAGCAUGGAAGGGAAGAUAACAAUCUUAUCACGGAGCAAUUUCAACGUGUUUGAGGACGCUGUGAGACUUACUGGAAGAGAGAGACCAAUUAAAAUACACAUGAUUGGGGGUCUUUGCCGUUUUGGCCUGGACAGAAUUCAUGAUAUUUGGAAACUCAGUCAACCCGCAGAUGAACGGAAAAAAGCAAAUCUUGUUAUAAAAGACUCCUUUAUCAAAAAAUGGGAAGAAACUGAGGGCUUCAUCGGUUUCAAGGAUUAUGCAGAGCGUGUCGAAGACAAAGACCUGGAAGUGAAGAUUGCAUUAGUAGAGAAAUACAGAGAGCGGAUCCCUGAGCUGGUGCAGAAGAUUGAGAGCAGCCACGUGCAACAACAAGCUAUGGCAGAUUACAUAAUAGGUACUGUCCACCAAGCCAAAGGUCUGGAGUUUGAUACAGUGAUGAUUGCAGAUGACUUUGUGAAAGUGCCGUGUCGCAGUGGGGAUCACCAGAGAAUAACUAACUUCAGUAUUGCCAUGUAUCCUGAGGAUGAAUGGAACCUGCUCUAUGUAGCAGUGACACGUGCGAAGAAGUGUUUGUUAAUGUCAAAGUCCCUGGAAUACCUUUUAGCAUUGGCUGGGGAGGGUUUCCUUCGAGUGGAGCUGAGUGUGGCUGCAAAGGACAGGGCUGCUGUAGCUUGUUCUGUGCCACAGUGUACAGGAACGCUGCAGCCCGACUCCAGGCUGGUUGUGAAGAAGCUGCCUUUGACUCACAGCCUCUGUUGA